ACAUUUGCCUCAGAACAUUUUAACAGAUGAACAGGAAAACAGAUUCAAUUAAAGUAUUGCACAGGAGAUCAAAGUAUUGCACAGGAGAUCAAAGUAUUGCACAGGAGAUCAAAGUAUUGCACAGGAGAUCAAAGUAUUGCACAGGAGAUCUAAGUAUUGCACAGGAGAUUAAAGUAUUGCAGAGAUCUCAGACCUCUGACAGAGCUUCAGGCUGCAGCGAUGAGGACACACCUUCACAUAAUUCCUCAGGUGUUGGUUUCAAGCUGAUCUUCCUCCUCAGAGGACCAAGUGAGACCUUCAGACCGACAUGCAGGAGGAGUAACAUCCACCAGAACCUCCACCUUCCUCCUGCUCCUCAUCCACCCAGACAGGGAACAGUCCAGAGAGCAGCAGCAGGAUCAGGAUCUGGUCUCUCCUCAGGCAUGAUGAUGGGAAUGUGUGUGGUGUUGUCUCUGCUCUUCGUGGCUCUCAGUCACGGCCUGAAGACUCACGAUCUUCAUCUCAGACUCCGGAGGUCUCAGGAAGGCGUCUCCUCAGACCCCGCCUCCUGCGUGUCUCGAACCAAUCAGGACUUAACAAACUCUCACAACUUCUCAGUGGACAUCAGGAUGCCAGGAGUCGUCCCCGCUGCGUCGGACACGUACCUGUGCAUGUCGUUUCCUGUGCCAACAACUCGAGACUCCUACAUCGUCGACUUCAUCCCUCACGCCAGCAUGGAGACAGUUCACCACAUGCUGCUGUUUGGCUGCCAGACUCCCGUCUCCACUAGCACCUACUGGGACUGUGGGAGCUCUCAGGGAACCUGUAAGGAUGAAGCCUCCAUCAUGUACGCCUGGGCUCGUAACGCCCCGCCCACUAAACUACCUAAAGAUGUUGGUUUCAAGGUUGGGAAGAACUCGGGGAUGUCUCACUUUGUGCUGCAGAUUCACUACGGAGACAACGGAGCGUUCAGAGACCAUCACAAAGACUGCUCCGGACUCUCUCUAAGAAUGACGACCAAACCGCAGCCGUUCAUCGCUGGUAUCUAUCUGCUCAUGUCUGUGGACACGGUCAUCCUGCCGGGGAAGAGAGUCACAAACGCAGACGUGGCCUGUGAUUACAGCUCGUACCCCAUCUACCCAUUCGCAUUCAGGACUCACACACAUCGCCUCGGUAAAGUGGUGAGUGGAUACAGGAUCAGAGACGGGGAAUGGACUCUGAUUGGCAGACAGUCUCCUCAGCUGCCACAGGCGUUCUACCCUGUGGACAGUGACUUGAGUGUGAAGUACGGAGACACUGUCGCAGCCAGGUGUGUUUUCACCGGAGAGGGAAGAACCUCCAAGACCUACAUCGGGGGGACAUCUGAAGAUGAGAUGUGUAACUUCUACAUCAUGUACUACAUGGAGAGCAGGCAUGCCGCCCCCUUCAUGAACUGCAUGGAACCUGGCUCUGCAGACCUGUUUGAGGAGAUCCCGGUCGAGGCCAAUGUCCCCAUCACCGUCAGUCCGUCUCACAUGAACUCCAUGAUGCACAUGGGACAUUCAACAGACCGACAGGAUGACCAGGCGGGGCUGGAGAAAAACCCAGCAGAGCAGGAUCAGGAUCAGGGUGACAUCUUCUCUCUGAUGUCUCAGCUGUUAGGACAGAGCGAGGACGUAGUCCACGUUCAUAAGUUCACUCCUCGGGAGAUGCACCGAGCGCAGGCUCAGCUGCUGGCUCAGAUCGAUAGUUUAAUGCAGGACAAAGACCCGGACUCUCCCAGCACCAGACUGGCCUUCCAGACCAGGGAGGACCCGGUUCUGGUGAGGGACCGAGUCCACAGGUUCCAUCAGCUCAAGUCUGCUGACAACCCCUCCCGAAGCCAGCUUGUCUCUGAAGGUCCAGACACUCAUCUGGAGCAGGUGUCCUUGUGGCCUCAGAGCUCCCUCCAGCUGGGUCAGGUAUCAGGACUGGCUCUGGACUCGGACUCUAACCUGGUCAUCUUCCACCGAGGAGAUCACGCCUGGGGGGCAGAAUCCUUCAACGGUCAGGCUCGGUACCAGCAGCAAUCUCUGGGUCCCAUCCAGCAGUCCACCAUCCUGGUAGUGGAUCCGGCUAAAGGGAGUAUCCUGAAGGCAUCCGGCAGAAACAUGUUUUAUCUGCCUCAUGGAAUAACUACAGACAAAGACAACAACUACUGGGUGACGGACGUGGCUCUGCACCAGGUGUUGAAGGUGAGCGGUGACGGCAGGGACCGGAUCCUGCUGACACUUGGCGAGGCGUUCACUCCGGGAAGUGACAGCGAACACUUCUGUCAGCCCACCGACGUGGCUGAGGACCCGCUGAAUGGGAACAUCUAUGUGAGCGACGGAUACUGCAAUGCACGCAUCCUCAAGUUCUCUGCUGACGGGACGUACCUGUCCAAGUGGGGAGCAGGUUCGUCUGACAGGAGGCGGCGUGCUCCGUUCCGCGUCCCUCACAGCCUGGCGUUCCUCCCUGACAGGCAGGAAGUGUGUGUAGCCGACAGAGAGAACGGACGGAUCCAGUGCUUCAUCGCAGAGACAGGAGAGUUUGUGAAGGAGAUCAAGAAAGACGAGUUUGGAGGAAGGGUGUUCGCCAUCACGUACAGCCCCGCAGGAGGCGGUCUAAUCUUCGCAGUAAACGGUGAAUCUUUCUCCAGCUUGACUCCAGUCAGAGGAUUUGUUAUUAAUUAUUCCACCAAGGAGAUCCUGGACACCUUCAGCCCCGAGAAGAAGGAGUUUAAGAUGCCUCACGACAUCGUUCAGACCAGAGACGGCAGUGUGUUCGUGGGAGAUGCAGGAAGUAGAAGAGUCUUCAAGUUCACCGCUGAAAAGUCUCACCGCUCCGUGAAGAAGGCAGGGAUCGAGGUUCAGGAGAUCACAGCCGUGGAGACGAUCAUUCAGACAAAAGUGAGGCCAGAGAGCAACGUUUCCAAGACGACAGCCGUCCAUGAGAAGGAGAACGCGUCUCCUCCUCCUCUUCCUCCUCGUCCUCCGCAGAAGUUGAUGAAGACCGAAGAAGAGGACGAAGAGGAUGAGAAGAAGAAGAAGAAGAGCGAGGCUAAGCCAAUCAGAGAGCAGGGAGUCCUCCCGGCCGUCAUCACCACCCUGCUGCUCGUCCCUCUGCUGCUCGUCAUCUCCAUCGGACUCUUCAUCUGCUGGAGGAAGAACAACCGGUGUGAGGUGAAGUCUGACCCCAGCACGGUGGGAGGGAUCCUGGGGAAAAUACGAGGUAAAGCGGUGGGUGGUCUGAACCUGGGGAACUUCUUCGCGUCUCGUCAGGGUUACAGCCGUCAGGGUUUCGACCAGCUGAGCACGGAGGGCAGCGAUCAGGAGAGGAUGGAGGAGGACAGCAGUGACUCGGAGAACGAGGAGUACUCCGCUCUUCCUCCGCCCAAGCCCUCCUCUUAGGCUCCGCCCCCUCGCUAACAGGCCUCGUGUCGUCCAUCAUCAAAAUUAUCUGUCGUGUAGCGGCCAUCUUUAUUUAAAGAUCGAUGUACAUACCAAUCAUUUGUAUGAUUUUACCUGUGUCUAACAUUUCACUUUAACCCCAACAUUCCCUCUGAGACCAGGACCCAGACCACGACCAAGACCCAGACUCUGUCAGACCCAAACCCAGACUUACUGUCAGACCCGGCCUUAGAGAUGUUCCAGCUUCAGGAUUAUAGGGACCAUCUUCUCGUGAGGGUCAGAAUCUGGACUUAGAUUUAAAUGUUGCUGAAUGUUCCUCAGACUGAGACCGAUCCAGUCAGCUGAUCUAUUUGCACUAACAGACUUAAGAGACCUUCAGGGCUCUGACUCAUCAACAACCCUGUGACCGGCCUGUUUAUCAUGAUUAUAGGUUAGAGGGGGGACACCUGAAUGCCCCUCACUAUAGGGGGAGCUCACAGAGAGCAGCGACCUGAUUGGCUGAGAUCUCUCACUCUGUGGUUCAGGUCUCAACUGGUCUGCGUUCAUGAGCAGCAGGUGUGUCUGUGUCUCCCUGCUCCGCCUUUUAAACCAGCUGACAGUCGUAGACGCGUUAGAUUCAGCACGCUGGCUCUACGACCCGAUCCUUUACCAGUUUUUAAACGUAAAGCGCUGUCCUCUCGCUCGUGGUCUCAGACUCACAGAGUUUAAAUCUCCUCCAUCAGGACGCUCAAGUGCUGGCUGUUUAUGAACUCUCCACCUGCUGCCUCCGUGUCUGAACACCUGACAGAGGAGACAUGAUGACGUCCAAUGAGGAGUCAGAGGCAGACGCGCCCUUGCUGUUCAAACAGGGUGUAGUAUUCAGUCUUCGUCUCUGAAGUAUUGUUACACCUCACCUUAAAGUUUAUACAGGAGGUGCUGAUUGGUUAAAAGGUCGGACAGCUUGUUUCCCUCAGCAGACAUUAGAACUGCCAACAGCCCCCUGUUGGUCAGAGAGAUCACUGCGUCCUCAGAGCCCUGAAGUACCUGAUAGCUGCUGCAGUCACCUGAGCAGCUCUGUAUUACCUUUCACAGUUUAACCUUCAUCCUGAGUUACUGCACCCUCCUAUUCGUCACAGUCACUCUUCUUCACCUCCUUUAUUUCACUCAUUCGUGCCUUUUCUAUUAUUUUGCCUUUUUAGCGCCUGAAUGCACCACAGAGAGAAACUGCUGCUGCUAGUAGAGCUUGUAUAUUACUGAUGACCUUCCAGUGAACAGAGAAUGGAUAUUAUAUCAUAUAUAUGUAUAUUUAUGUGUGUGUGUGAGAGAGAAAGAGAGAGAGAGAGCGAGAGAGAGAGAGAGAGAGAGAGAGAGAGAGAUGCCAAUCAAACAUGUCCAGCAGCCAAGUCUGAGCCCUGUACCUGUCCCACACCUGGCCCCCCGACAUCGGCUGAGAGGACACAGAGACAGAGGAGCUCAGUGUAGCUUCAAUGAACCACGCCGCCAAAUCACCCCGUCACCACGCCGCCAUGUCACCCCGUCACCACGCCGCCAAAUCACCAAGCCACCACAUCACCACGCUGCCAUGUCACUUUAUUCUGUCGCUCAACAUCCACAUUGCACACGAAACCAACACUCACACCAGGACUAGGAGCGCCACUUUAAUCACCUUUACAUUCGUACAUCAUGAGUCAGGUGUGUCGGGUGUGUCCGGCAGUAACCAGGUGUUUAUAUGAACCUGACCGUCUGAUCCACCUGCUCCCUCAAACAUCAGGUGUUUAAAGACUCAAACAUUGUGCGCGCUGAGCCGUCUGACUCACGCAAACAGGACGGACACAUUAAUGAUGUUCACUUUGAACAGCCCAGAUUAAAUCAUCAGUCAUUGCUCAGCAUGAUGUGAUGUACGUCUUUGUCCACAGGGGGCGCUAUUAUGGACACCCAGUGAAAGUUACUCACAGGAGCUUUAAACGGUAGUUUGACAGUAAAGAUGUAGCUCCAGCUGUUCUACAGUCUGAACUCUUCAUGUUGGAUUAUUUGAGGGAUUAAAGGAGUUAUAUGAACUCAGAGACGGAUCGCCUUCAGACUCACACACAUCUCUUUACUCAAACCUGAAACACACCUGUGCAUCGUGUCAACAGACUGUGUAUGAGAGCUGGACGGGGCUGCCAAUUUCAAAAAGUGAAGCCAAUGCAGAAGUGCCUUAAAGCUGCAUUCUCUCUAACGUCCAGCAGGGGGCGACUCCUCUGAUUGUAUAUCAGUCUAUAGUAAAUGUUCCUUCUCCUCCUCAGCUUAUUUGUUCCCUCAGUAAAGACUAAUGACCCUAUGGUCUCAAUCUCUAGUUUCUUCUUCAACACAGCAUGGUGUUCAUUUUGUGAAUGAUGAUCAGAGUCACAGAGAGCAGGAAGAGCGGGAGGAGUCAGAGAGGGGGAGGAGUCAGACAGGGGACACCUGCAACUGACAGGUGGUUACCUGGGAGAGAGGAGUAGACAUGUUUCUGUUCUCUGGUCUGAUCACGGGUCACUUCUGCCUCUAGAAAAAAAGCCAAACUGAAGCUCAAAGAUGAUGUCACAUUGACCACGCCCAUAAUGACCACGCCCACUUCUCAUAUACAGUCUAUAAAUGAUCUUUAACAGCAUUUUGAUCCAUUGUUCAUUUUUAAACUCUGCUCCACAUAAAAUAAUUAAUCCCUCUUCAAUCUCCACAAAGAGUGUGUUAAACUCUCAGGACCACACACACACACACACACACACACACACACACACACACACACACACAAAAAAGAAUGCUGCAUCCAGUUGAUAUUUGAACCCCUGACAAAACCUCAUCACCUUCUUCCUUCUCUACAUCGUCUCUGCUCUCAGCUUCUUUGCGUCCCGCGCUCAGUCUGCCGCGGCGUGUGAGUGGAUGAAUGAUGUCCUUUAUGGCAUGCCGUAGAAAUGUGCAGUCACACGUUGGCUCUCUGAUAUUUAUUGUGACACACUGGUUUUGCUGCAAGAGUACUAUUUUCAGUAACUAUGUAAUUUGUGUAAUAAAGUGUUUGCAAAGCAUCA